UCAGGUGCUCCCGCUGGGCCAGGCCGGGUGCUUCCUGGGAGGGGGACCAAACUCCUGGCCUCCAGCCUCUGCCCUCAGGGUCUCCGGGCUCCGCACCUGCGCCCGUCCCCGGCCUCGCCCCUGACCUGUGCCUUGGGGCUGGGCGGACCAAACCGCGGAGACCGGAGGGAGGGGGCCAGCCGCCCUGAGAAGCUCCGCGGGUCCGGCUUGGCGAGUGUCUGUCCCUUUAAGGGCCGCCCCCGAGGAGGUGCCAGGCCCGGGUGGCGCCGUCUCUCCUUCCUGGUCCUGCAGGGCCAGGACUGUCCGCGGGGUUGAGGGAGGGGGCCGUGCCCGGUGCCAGCCCAGGUGUCCCCGGCCUGGCCCCAUGGCCCUGGUCACAGUAAGCCGUUCGCCCCCGGGCAGCGGCGCCUCCACGCCCGUGGGGCCCCGGGACCGGGCGGUCCAGCGAAGGAGUCGACUCCAGCGAAGGCAGAGCUUUGCGGUGCUCCGAGGGGCUGUCCUGGGGCUGCAGGAUGGAGGGGACAAUGAUGAUGCAGCAGAGGCCAGUCCUGAGCCAGCAGAGGAGCCCCCGAAUGAGGAGGAGCCCGGCGGGGACCAGACAGACUUCGGGCAAGGAUCCCAGAGUCCCCAGAAACAGGAGGAGCAGAGGCGGCACCUGCACCUCAUGGUGCAGCUGCUGAGGCCGCAGGAUGACAUCCGCCUGGCAGCCCAGCUGGAGGCAGCCCGGCCUCCCCGGCUCCGCUACCUGCUGGUAGUUUCUACACAAGAAGGAGAAGGUCUGAGCCAGGAUGAGACAGUCCUCCUGGGUGUGGAUUUCCCUGACAGCAGGUUCGAGCAGGGAGAGGAAAGGAGGGGCAAAGAGGUGAGGGACGGGGGGACAAUGGCUUUCCCUCUGUCCCCUGCCAGCUCCCCCAGCUGCACCCUGGGCCUGGUCUUGCCCCUCUGGAGUGAUACCCAGGUGUACUUAGAUGGAGACGGGGGCUUCAGCGUGACGUCUGGUGGGCAGAGCCGGAUCUUCAAGCCCAUCUCCAUCCAGACCAUGUGGGCCACACUCCAGGUAUUGCACCAAGCAUGUGAGGCAGCUCUAGGCAGCGGCCUUGUACCAGGUGGCAGUGCCCUCACCUGGGCCAGCCACUACCAGGAGAGACUGAACUCUGACCAGAACUGCCUCAAUGAGUGGACGGCUAUGGCCGACUUGGAGUCUCUGCGGCCUCCCAGUGCCGAGCCUGGCCGGCCCUUAGAACAGGAGCAGAUGGAGCAGGCGAUCCGUGCUGAGCUGUGGAAAGUGUUGGAUGCCAGUGACCUGGAAAGCGUCACUUCCAAGGAGAUCCGCCAGGCCCUGGAGCUGCGCCUAGGGCUCCCCCUCCAGCAGUACCGUGACUUCAUCGACAACCAGAUGCUGCUGCUGGUGGCACAGCAGGACCGAGCCUCCCGCAUCUUCCCCCACCUCUACCUGGGCUCAGAGUGGAACGCGGCAAACCUGGAGGAGCUGCAGAGGAACAGGGUCACCCACAUCUUGAACAUGGCCCGGGAGAUUGACAACUUCUACCCUGAGCGCUUCACCUACCACAACGUGCGCCUCUGGGAUGAGGAGUCGGCCCAGUUGCUGCCGCACUGGAAGGAGACCCACCGCUUCAUUGAGGCUGCAAGAGCACAGGGCACCCGCGUGCUAGUCCACUGCAAGAUGGGCGUCAGCCGCUCGGCGGCCACAGUGCUGGCCUAUGCCAUGAAGCAGUAUGAAUGCAGCCUGGAGCAGGCCCUGCGCCAUGUGCAGGAGCUCCGGCCCAUUGCCCGCCCCAACCCUGGCUUCCUGCGCCAGCUGCAGAUCUACCAGGGCAUCCUGACUGCCAGCCGCCAGAGCCAUGUCUGGGAGCAGAAAGUGGGUGGGGUCUCCCCAGAGGAGCGCCCAGCCCCGGAAGUCUCUACACCAUUCCCACCUCUUCCGCCAGAACCUGGGGGUGGUGGGGAGGAGAAGGCUGUGGGCAUGGAGGAGAGCCAGGCAGCCCCAAAACAAGAACCUAGGCCACGGCCACGUAUCAACCUCCGAGGGGUCAUGAGGUCCAUCAGUCUUCUGGAACCCUCCUUGGAGCUGGAGAGCACCUCAGAGGCCAGUGACAUGCCAGAGGUUUUCUCUUCCCAUGAGUCUUCACAUGAAGAGCCUCCACAGCCCUUCCCACAGCUCGCAAGGACCGAAGGAAGCCAGCAGGUGGGCAAGGCGCCUCAGCCUGCCCUGAAGUCCUGCCAGUCAGUGGUUGCCCUCCAGGGCAGUACCCUGGUGGCCAACCAGACCCGGGCCUUCCAGGAGCAGGAGCAGGGGCAAGGGCAGGGAGAGCCCUGCAUUUCCUCUACGCCCAGGUUCCGGAAGGUGGUGAGGCAGGCCAGCGUGGAUGACAGCGGAGAGGAGGGUGAGGCCUGAGCCCUCACACAUGCCCACGUUCCCCUAGACACUAGAGGAUCCACAACUCCUUGGAGAAACACCUUCACGUCUGUUGCUGCACACAUUCCUCUCAGCUCCGCCCCACACCCCUGUCACUACAGCCUCACCUCCUACAGCCUUAAGUCCCAGACCCAUGUCCACCUGUCCAAGGGCUCAAGACUUUUUUUUUUUUUGAGACAGAGUCUGGCUCUGUCGCCCAGGCUGGAGUGGUGCAGUGGCGGGAUCUCAGCUCACUGCAAGCUUCGCCUCCCGGGUUUACGCCA